AUGGAGGAGUCUCAGAAGCAGGCCAGAUCCGACGAGAAUGCCGCCGCGGCCAUCGAGGAGUCUCAGAACUUUGACCGGACCGGCGAGGGCGCAGCCAUUGUCAGUGCGCCGGCUGGAGGCAAGAAGAGGAAGCUGAGCGACAUGGCCCUGCCGGAGCUGGGGUGGAAGCGAAGGGCGAGGGAAUCAGAACUCUGUUGGUUUGCCCGCGUGCAGGCACACCGGCAUGGGGCGGAAAAGAGGAUGCAGAAGGACUACAUGGCCCAGUGGCGAGCUUUCAGUGAAAAGCAUAAGCAGCGCUUCAGGGACGAGAUUGCAGGCUACAUGGGGGAGUAUGCUGCAAACACAGAGACGGAGGCAGACAAGCCGCCUCCGCAUGCUCCGCGCUGGGCUGCGUUUGAGAAUGGUGUUGCUUCCGUGGUGCUCCCAGUGGACUACACGCUUGAUGAUCUGCAGGCAGAUUUUGCACAGUAUGCGGAAAAUCCUUCCGCACACGACCAAAAGAGGUGGGAAUUCUACGCUUUGCUGCACCAGCUCUUGGCUCGUGAGUCUUGCCCUAUCACAAGCCCAGCGAAGGCAGCUGAGCAGCUGACAAGCUUGCGUGUAAACAGGCACUACUUGUACAAGCUGCGCAAGAGCUUCGGGGACGGGGCCCUUCCCUGGGAUGUUCCCGCUCAAUUCAAGAUGGGCCGCACGCCUCAAGAAUCCUUGGGGGAGCGUGAGAAGCAAGACCUUCUUUGCUAUGUGAAGUGGCAUCAAAGAACCGGUACCGCCCUCUCGAUUGAGCAGCUGGAAACUGCGGCAGUUUUGAUGAAGUUAGAAAAGCUGGGUGAGAUCGGCGCGGACGAGUGCGGGGAUGACUUAGAAGCAAAGCUCGCUGAGCGCCGGCCUCGCUUUGCCCACUUCUGGCGCGAUUUCAGAGCAUGGGUCGAGGCCACGCAGCCCCGUGAAGACAGCCUGUCCUUGCAGAAGCUCAAGGCCAAGACUUUGCACCAGGCUGCCGUGAUGGAGCCAAAGGUUAUCGAGCAAGCCUUUGACACCCUUCAGAAGAUGCUGACCCGCCUGGGGCUGAUGUCUGCCAGCGGAGUGCUGCUCGCCUCAAGCUCUGGGCGUGUGAUCAUAGCUGACGAGAAGGGGUUCUCUUCUAGGAGCGACGUCCUCACUCAGAUGCGCGGGAUCAUUACUCAAAGUGGUCGCUCGAAGGCUGCUACAGUGUCAGCAGUCACGAGCUUUGAGCACAUUACGGUAUGCUCGUGGCUGCCUAUGCAAGGUCAGCCACUGCCGGUUGGAGUCAUUGUCCCUCAGAAGCGCCUGCAUGAAUCCUUUUCGCGCAUCUGGCCCGAGGCGGAGCUGUUUGCAAACCCUGGCGGCAGCCAAACUGCGGCUAGCUUUGUGCAGAUGCUGGAAAGGUUACUGGAGCGGUAUGGCGUGGAGCUCUUCGUCUUGCCCAGUUAUUCUACAGCAGCUCUCUGCGCGCUUGACCAGCAGCCUCAUAGCAUCAUGAGUGCGCGGUGGGCUGCUGUGAAGGCUCAGUUGUCUCGCCAAGGAAGGGACAUUAAUGUUUUCAUGGCAUUGAGCCUCAUUCGCAGGAUCGUCAUGGAGGGUCUGUCUGAGCAAAACCAACGUGCUGGCUGGGCAAGGUGUGGCUUUGUGCCUGGCGAGCUGCUGCAGAGAAAUGUGGUUCUAAAGGAGCGGUUUGAGGAGCUGUUUUCUUCAAAGCGUGCUGGCGCUGGCUUUGACGCAAAGCCGCAAACCAAGACUUCUGCGGUGCUGGGCUUGCUGGCGGCUGUGAGCCCAAAGAAGGUUCAUUGCUCCAAAGCAGGCUGCUCCCAGAAGGUGUCUCUGGCAGAUCGCUUCUGCGCGGCCUGCGGCGAGCCGAACACAGCUUUUUCAGAAGAGGCUGCUGAGCUAGUCCGAUCUGGCCGAAGAAGUGGUUGGUACAAGCCGCCUGCUCCGUCCGCCGUUGUGCCAGAAAAUGCAGCAGAAGAGAAGAUGGAGCGCGGCAUGGGGGACCUACUUUCCAAGCUGCGGAAGCGGGGCAGCCAAGCGCAGCCUGCAGAGUCUGACGCGUCUGCUCCUGCACCAGCAGCUCAAGGAACCUCUGCAGCUUCGGGUGAUCAGCCCAUCGUGCGAACGGAGUGGGACCUUGACAAUGAAGCAGACUGCAUUGAUUGGGUGCUGCAGUGCUUCAGCAGCGCCCUGCACUUGCUGCAGCAGCUGGACUUGUCCACCCUGAGGCGAACCCCGGUGGUGUGCAGCGCAGCCAUCUCUGCAUGUGGCAAGGGCAAGCGCUGGCGGGAGGCCUUAUCCUUGCUUUAUGACUCGGAGGAGAACGUGGUAGUCUUCAACGUGGCCAUCAGCGCCUGUGCGAGAAGCUCUCGGUGGCCUGAAGCCGUUGGUUUGCUGAAAAAGCUCCAGAAGAGUCAUCUCCAGCCUGAUGCGUUUUCGUUGGGCUCCACUCUUGACGCUUUGGACAAGGGAAGUCGCUGGCAGCAGGCCCUGCGACUUUUCGCAUCUUUGCCCCGAAGGACCCUUCGACCAAACAUGGUCAUGUGCGUCUCGGCACUGUCUGCCUGUGGCAAGGCCAACCUCUGGCAGCAGGCCGUGGCCCUGUUCAGCACCCUCCAGGCAUCGGUGGGGCCGCCCAGCCCGGUGGCGCAGAACGCCCUGUGCACCGAGCUGCUGAGGGCUGGGCGCUGGGACUUGGCCAUGGGCAUGCUGAAGGAAGUGACCAGGACCUCCCAGCCGAGCAUGGUGACUUUCAGCCUCGCCUUGACCGCCUGUGAGCGCAGCUCCGCCUGGCGCUGGGCCCUGGAGCUGCUCCGAGCGGCGAACGCAUCGGCGGCGGACGGCGCGGCGAGGAGCGCGGCCGUCCGGGCGCUGAAAGGCCAAUGGCAAGCCGCUGCCGCUCUGAGCGGCGGACACGACGUGGUGACCUACAGCUCUUGCGCCACCGCAUAUGGCCUUGCCAGCGAAUGGUCGCUGUCGCUUGGUUUGCUGGACGUAGCCGCACGCAUGGCGGUGCAAGGCGACGUGGUGUUUUGGUGCUCGGCCGUAAGUUCCAAGUGGCAGGGUUCCAUCGGCCUUUUCGAGCGGAUGGAGCAGCUGGAACUCCAAAGCGACGCUGUUCUGGCCAGCACCGCCAUCAAUGCAUAUGGACAGGCGGCGCUGUGGAAGUCGGCUUGCGACACGCUUCGCGAAGUUUUCCAGAGGCGACUGCAAGCGAACACCUAUGUAUACAGCAACUUGAUCAGCAUUUGCGGAAGGGAACUGAAUUGGUGCCGCGCCCUGUCUUUGAUCAAGGACAUGGGCAGCCUGAAGUUUGAGUUGGCCUUGGUCCCGUACACCGCGGCGAUCACGGCUUGUGCCAGUGCCAAGCAAUGGCAAGAGGCGCUGAAUCUGUUGGCUGCGCUAGGCGAUGGGGUCGAUGAGAUGGCUUACAGCCCUGUAAUUGCUGCAUGCGGUUGGGAGCAUGCACUUCACUUAAUGCUGCUGAUGAAGAAGCGCAACAUUCAGCAGAACCAAGUCACUCUCAACGCGGCGCUCCACGCGUGUGAGAAAUCUGGACGUUGGGCUGAAGCCUUGGUAUUGCUUCAGUCCUUCAGCCCCGCCAGGCUUGAGCGGGACAUCCUGUCCUUCAACUCCGCCUUGGCAGCUUGCGCUGGAAACUUGCAGUGGGACCAAGUCUUGGUCCUGCUUUCCGCCUUAGAAAGCAGCGGCUUGCAAGGCAACGCGCUCACGCACGGCAUUCUCGCUGGAUGCGACUUACCAUCUCUGGGCUCUUUGGAAGCCUUGCAGUCUGCCGGGUUGCAGCAGAUGGCAAAAGAGCGAAGCGUGUUUGCCAAGUACGGCCUGGUGGACAAGGUCCAUCUGAUCCACGGCCGGUCCAAGAACUACAGGAGCUGUGCCUAUGUUGAGUACCGCAACCUGGAAGAUGCCUUGGCCUUAGGCCGCAGGCUUUACGGCAUUCGACACUGA